AUGUGUGCUCUCAGGCGCGCAGUUGCCGAGAGUCGCUGUGAUGAUGCUUGGCUCAAACAGCGUAUCCCCGGGAGAGCUACGCAAUCCCUGAAUGCCCAUAGGCUGUAUCAGGUGUCAAUCAUAGAAAACAUGAACCCCCUAAUAACUUUUAAAAACGGAGCUGUACAAAAAAAAGAGGACUUCAUCACAAACCAGUCUUACAAUAACUACAUGUCAACAUCACAAGCAGGGGGGAGAAAAAUUCAUGUUCUGUGUAAUAAAUUUCCAAAGUUUGUCCCCAGCUCCAUAAGCUUUGCUGGUGGAGGCAGGAUUUAUGACCUACACUGUGUGCACAAUUAUUAG